CAAAUCUUCACUUUCACCUCACUCUACCCAUUAAAACCACUCAUUCACGAUGGGUAUCUUCCGCUUGGCCAGAAAAACAGUCUUUACCGGCUUGUUGGGCACGUCCACAGCCGCCGCGUACCUCGCAUCUCAAAACCCUGUCAUCUCCCCGCUCCCCGCCAACGACCCCAUCUGGUCGUCCCGACUCUUCAGAAGGGCCAAUCCAAACGGUAACCCUACCACUCAAGAUGUCGUGAUCAAGCGCAUUCCCUUUAGCAAGAUUCGUCCGGAAUUGCUUCAGAAUAACAAUGACUUGACGCUUGAGUUCUGUCGUGGAGUUUGGAGCGGUUGGGGCUUCGCUAUUCAGCGUCGAUAUGCCCAAUUGAAGUACCGCGGUCCUGAGACUGAACAUCAGCUCUGGGACCCUGAGCAACUCGCCACAAGCACCUACGACAAAGGCGCCAUUAUCACUGAUCAUUUCGAAGUCGUUGAGAAGACUCCCACGUCCAUCACCGUGCGCUGCGGCGACUCACCGCGCAACCAGCCCCUGCGCCCAUCUGAUGGCCUCUUCCAGAUCAGCGCUACCAUCGACAAGGCGCAUGAGGAAGUUGAGUUGCGCCUCAAGAGCGUUUUGUUCUCCAGCGAGGGCAAGGUUGCGGGCAACAAGGGACCUAUGCCUCCGUGGAUCACAGAGCUGCAUCAGUGGUAUGCAAGAAUCUGGGCUGAGACUGGUUCUUGGAAACUCCUUAAGUGAUGGAUUAUGAGUUAUGAUAUACCAUGUAGAUCGUGGGCAGUUUGCUGAGCAGCUGCUGCACCGACGGAAUGAAUGAACAUGUCUCUGAAAUGCAUGAUGUUUUUUUAUGCGGUUUUCUUUUUCU